AUGCUGGCAUACACCGCAGCUGACAUCGCAGCCCUCCACCGUAAGCCCCCUCUCUCUUCCCUUGCGGAUCCUAAAAGUGGUGCCAUGCAGGAGGACGCGGACCAAGUGAGGCAGCAGCUGGCGGCAGGGAUGGAGGGAGUGGCACGGGAGGUGGGGCAGCUGCGCCAGGCCAGCAGCAAGGCAGCAGGGGACGCGGCGCAGGUGCUGAGGGAGGGGCUGGAGGGGCUGCAGCAGCUGCAGGCGGAGAUCAAAGAGCUUAAAGCCCGCGUGCGCCGGCAGGACGAGGAGCUUUCUCACCAGAUGACUGCCCUGGCUCGGCUGCAGUUCAGUGCAUACCGCAUGAGUGCACGGCGAAUAGCCAUAAUAGGCAUGGUGCCUGUUUCCAUGGAGGGCAAGACGCGCCUCACGGAUUGCACGUGGCACGGCUCUGAUGGCAACCGUGUAGACGGCGACCUGUCUAUCAGCCUCGUGGGCAAGCACCACAACUACAUUUAUGACGUGGCAGUGGUGCUGUGCACACUCAGCAGCGCCACCAAGGUAGCAGGCGGGCACCUGGAAGCGAGGAUAGAGCAGGAGAUACUGUACCCGUACAGGGAGGAGUCGAAUCAGCUACUGGAACCUCCCUCGCUCCUCCCACUGAACGUAGCAGCAUGCGUGGCCCCCAUCCACGGCAGCAUCGACGCCAGGAGGCUCCUCGAGUGGCUGCACUUCCACCGCGUCCUCCUCCCUGUGGAUCGCUUCCUGCUCUAUGAUGCUGGGGGCAUCGCGGGCAAUGGGGAGGUGGGCCCGGCACACAAGGAGGUGCAGCGGGUGCUGGCACCGCGGGUGAAGAGGGGCAUGGUGGACGUUGUGUGGCGGUUCAGAGAGAUAAUACAGUGGGACGUGUGGAACUAUGGCGAGCAUCUGGCCAUCCAGGACUGCAUAUACUGGACGCGCAACGCCGCCCGCUGGCUGCUCAUAUCCAGCAUCGACGAAUACCUCCAAAUCCCGCCGCCCCUCUCGCUGCCGGCGCUGCUACAGGAGCACGAGUCGCUCCCAUGGCUAACUUUUGGCGCUACAGCCUUCAACGGCUCCUUCUGCUCGCCGCUACAGCUGCCCCCGCAGGCUGGACAGGGAGGGGAGGGGGAUGGCGAGGGUGGGGGAGAGGGCGAGGGGAAUGGGGAUGGGGAGGAGGGGGAGGAGAGGAAGCGGGCUGCUGCAAUGGCUGCUAAUGAGGCCAAAGCUGCUUUUUCUGUGGAGAGAAUGCGAUUCAGGUGGCCCCACCCCAUGUGCUCUGCUACAGACGUCUACAGCGCCAGCCAAUGCCUGGACGAAGAAGGCUCUCGCCGCUACAUCCUCAACCCGCGCCAGGCUAUCACCGCCACAGCCAAUAGCGUCGCGUCAUCCCGCCCGGGAAUAAACCUCCCCGUGGAGAUCGCCAGGCUGGCGCGCUUCCCUGGUAUCAGCCAAUCAGGGUUCGCCACGUGUACGCUGGGGGAGCCGAGCGACAGAUGGUGGGAGAAGGAGGAGGGGGUGGCUGCGCUGGCAGAGGCGGCUAGGAGGUGUCCUGCUUUAAAGCCGUGGACAAAAGGGGCGUCUGCUGAGAAAUGCACGCCUGAAGGGAUAGCCAAGAGUUCCCAAGGGGCGGCGAUUGCAGCCAUGAAAGCCAUGGGCUUGAUGGUUCUGGCGCUUUGGCUAGUCGCUUCCGUCUCUUCUUGCAAGGCGGCUCCGUCUCCGUCGCCGUCAUCGUCACCUCCAUUCUGCUCCGCCGUCUCUUCUGACGUAAUAUCGCCGUCCCCUGAAGCCCGCUCGCACCUGCUUAUAGCAGGAGGCACUGUAGUGAACGCGGAUGGCGAAUUCGCUGCAGACGUUUAUAUCGAGGAUGGAACCAUCAAGCUCGUUCGGCCAAACAUCAAGGUUCCAGAUUGGGUUCAGAAGAUUGAUGCUGCCGGGAAAUACGUCAUGCCAGGCGGCAUAGACCCACACACCCACCUCGCCAUGCCCUUCAUGGGAACAGAGUCCUGCGACGAUUUCUACUCGGGCCAGGCGGCAGCGCUGGCAGGCGGCACCACCUUCCACAUCGACUAUGUGUUGGGGGCCACACCCGCUGCAGGGGGCGAUUUGCUGCGGAUUCUGGCGGAGUAUGAGGAGAAGGCAAGAGGCAAUGCGGUGAUGGACUAUGGGUUUCACAUGGGUGUCACGCGGUGGAGUGAGGCUGUGGCGCGAGAUAUGGAAGAGGUGGUGAAGCGAGGCAUCAACUCGUUCAAGUUCUUCAUGGCGUACAAGGGCGCACUGCAGGUGGACGACCAGCAGCUCCUUGACGGGUUCACUCGCUGCAAGCAGCUUGGCGCCAUCCCCCAGGUGCAUGCAGAGAAUGGCGAUGCGGUGGUGUGGGGGCAGCAGCAUAUAUUCGACCUUGGGAUCACCGGCCCCGAAGGCCACCCCUUGUCCCGCCCUCCUCAGGUGGAGGAGGAGGCGACAGGCAGGGCCAUUCGGCUGGCGAAUGUGGUGGGUGUGCCCCUGUACGUGGUGCAUGUCAUGAGCGCUGGCGCUGCCAGAGAGGUGGCAGAGGCCAGGCGCAGAGGGCAGCGAGUGGUGGGGGAGCCGGUGGUGUCGGGCAUUGCUCUCAAUGACUCGCAUCUCUGGUCGCCUGACUUCAAGCACGCCGCUCAGUUUGUGAUGAGUCCACCCAUCCGCUCUGCAGAGCACGUCGCAGCAGUCAAAGCAGCACUCGCCACUGGCACGCUGCAGCUGGUGGCCACGGACCACUGCCCCUUCAACACGUCUCAGAAGGCCAAGGGGCGCCACGACUUCCGCCUCAUUCCCAACGGCAUCAACGGUAUCGAGGAGCGCAUGCACAUAACCUGGGACGUUAUGGUGAAUUCGGGUCUCAUGUCACCCAGUGAUUAUGUCCGCAUCACCAGCACAGAGUGCGCAAGGAUAUUCAACCUGUACCCGCAGAAGGGUGUGAUAGCAGAGGGAUCAGAUGCGGACGUGAUUGUGUUGAAUCCAAAGAGCACCACCACCAUCAGUGCUGCCACUCACCACUCGCGCAUUGACACGAAUGUCUAUGAGGGGUGGCGCAUGCAGGGCAACAUCGAGGUGACAGUGAGUCAGGGCAGGGUGGUGUGGCAGCACGGGCGGCUGAACGUCACCCGGGGGGCGGGGCGGUUUGUCCCCAUGCGGCCGUUCGGCCCGCUGUUCCACGGCAUGCAGACGAGGGAUGCCACCCGCGUACAUGCAUACAGCGCCCCUGUGCGGCGAGAUGGGGACGGGAGUACUGCUGAUGCAUAA